UCACUGUCAGUCAACACACCUUUCCACAAAUCAGCCAAAUCUAACAGUAAAGUUCCUUCCAAGCUGCAGAAUGGAGAACAUCUCAGCGCUGAUGGUUGUGUGUUUGCUUGCAGGUCUAUCUGAAUGCCUGGCUGGAGAAAACGGCAACCAGACCCAGGUUACCGAGCUGACAGAUGAGGACAUGGCGGACGCGUCGGUAGAAAAUGAUGCUUUGUAUCAUUUGAAUCAAGGGCUUGAUGCACCAGCUAUUUUGACAUCUAACUCAACAGGAACCCAGAGCAGAUGUGAGCCACCCAUCUACACAGUGCUGAAGCAGCUUGGGGCUCUGGAAGAAAGGCUUGCAGCGACUGUGAGAGCCCUGGAGGAGACGAACAAGAAGCUAGAGGCCAGUGAGAAGAAGCUGUCUGCACUGAACAGCACAGUGACUGAGCUUAGUGCAGAGGAUAAAGGAUGGCCUCGGGUUGCAUUUUCCGCCGCAUUACCAAUCGAUGGCACCAUUGGUCCUGCAGAUGUUCUUUACCCCCUGGUGUACAGACACGUUCUGUCCAACAUUGGAGGCCACUACAACACAGACACAGGUUAUUUUACAGCACCAGUGCGAGGAGUCUAUUAUUUCAGCUUCACUUCCUUCUGGUGGGGAGCAAAUCCUGGAAGUUGUGGUGGAAGUUUGUACAAAAAUGGAAACAAGGUAGUGUCAUGGUAUGUUACCAAUAGCAAUCACGCUUCCUCUGGAUCUAACAGCGCUGUGUUGCAACUACAAGUUGGAGACAAUGUUAAUGUUCGUCUUUGGAAUAAUAGGAGGAUCAGUGACAACGGAAAUAAAUACUCCUCAUUCAGUGGAUUCUUGCUCUUCCCUGUGUGAAGUGUAUGAAAACAUUGUGACUUCUAAACAGAUCAUACAUUGAACAUUGGCUGAAAGAUUACAUAGUGUGAUGUGACUUUCUGGAGCUGCAAGAACUGUAAGAAAAAUGUAAUGUAUUUUUUUUUUUCUUAAUUUACUGAUGUAUGUUGGAGCCCACUGGACGUUAAGACUGAUUUAAAGGUUACCCUGCAAAAAAGCAGCAUGUCAAUAUUGUUCUGUUUCAAUAUCAGUUGUUCUUAAAUGGUAGAUAUAUCAUGUUUAAAUGUGUAUAAUUCAAGAAUCAUCGUCUAAUUUUUCAAAUCAUCACUUUAUUUCCAUUGUUAAGAAAGGUGCAAUCAAAGUGGUCAAUAAAGCUGAAUCACUUGUAAUGGAA